AUGUUCUGUGUGGGUGUUUCCCACGCCUCUCGGGGCCUGGACGUCCUGACAGCGUCCAGCUCUGACCCUGAACCUGGACCGAGCAAAGACGUUCUGCAGCCGGAGCUCAGGGACAGGAGCAGGAGACACGCUCCAUUAGACUCUGCAGAGGAUGGAAACGUUUCUCUUCCCACAGCGCCCCCAGUGGUGACCAAGAGCAUGUCCUUGUAA